AUGAGCGUCCUGAUUCGGUACACGCGCGCGGAGUUGCUGGCACUGGCGCCCAAGCAGAACGAAUACAGCCUCAAUGCCGGGGCCCUGCAGAAGUUCAAGGUGAUUGAGGUGGAGUCGCCGGUCACGGAGAGGUUGCUGCCGGAGUCGCAUCGCAACGAGGCCGGUGGGCGGAAAUCAGACGCAAAGAAUGGAGCCGGCGGCCGCCGCGCGGUGAAUAACGAGCGCUUCGCCCCUCCGUCACGCGCUGCUCGGGGCAACAAGGACCAAGAGGCCUUUGAAGAGGGAUAUAAGUAUGAACUUGAGCGUAAUGCUAUUAAGAAACAGGCGCUGCAGGAGACGAUGGCAAAGGAAAAGGAAAAAAUCGAUGCCGUGGCCGCUGCCAAAUGGGUGAAGGAGGAAGCAAAGGAACCGUUUGUGCCGGCCGUGGCGAAAGAGGCGCCGAAGCAAAACGAGGACGAGGAAGUGGAGCGCUGGAUGACAAGCAUCGCAAUGAGCGAAGAGGGGGCGAAAAAGGUCACCAAGUCUCGCUUUUUCUCUGGGGCAGAUGCCGGCAAUAAGAGCGCGGCAAACUCGCCUCUUGCGGGAGGGAUGGGGUUUAACGAGCCGGCUUCACUCGCAAUGGGAUCCCCCACCAAGGACCCGUGGUCGCUGCAAGGGAUAAUGUCCGCAAGCGGAAAUGCGGUUUGGGGAACCAUGGAGGCACAGCGAAGUUCCGGUGUUGCGAUGACGCCUAGUGCAAACGCCACCGCCGCCGCCGCCGCCGCCGCCCCUAGCGUGGUUGUGGGCCCUUCUGUACAGAUGCCCAUGCAUUCCGGCGUCUCGGCCCCCUCGUCGGUUCAAGUGGUUCCCACCGGCGAAUCACCACCACCAUCGGCCGCAGCAGCAGCAACGACGGCGGUGUCCUUGGCAGCAGCGACUUCUUCCACAGCCCAGAAAAAAGCAACAACAACAACAACAGCAACAACGCCUCAGCAAAAUACUUCGUCGGCCAACCCCACGGUUCAGGUCUGGAAUGCACAAGAUUUAGAACAGAUGCUUCUGAGUGGUCAGAAUGUGAACAGACAAUCGAAGCAAGAGGUUUCCAAGCCCAAGGUCAUUGACGCCGCAUCUCUCGAAUCCCAGCUGCGGCUACAAGUACAACAGAACAUGAAACUCUCUCAGCAGCAAACACAAACGCAUCUGCAGCAGCAGCAGCCACAGCCCCCACCUCUAUCUCAGCUCUCAACAAUGGCUGGAACGCCGCCUGGACUUUCACUCUCUGGGGGGCACAAGCCCCCACCGAUUUCUGUAACGCAACCCCCACAGCAAUUACCACCACAGCAGCAGCAGCAGCAGCAGUCUGUUACGGCUCCUUGGGGAGCAGCUAUGACAAAGGUGCCACCGCAGCCAAUGCAUCAGAAACUUAUGCAGCAGCAACCGCAAUCUCAACCGCAGCAUCGUCAUCCAGGCAUGACGCAACCGGUGCCCUUUAUUAUAAGCGGUGCGCAAGGUGCGCCCUACUUUCCCCAACAAGCUAUGCAUGGCCACUAUGUGACUGGGUUUCUGCCUGGUCAGGGACAGCAACCAAUGAUGGUCUACCGUUCUCCAGAUGGAACAACGCAAUAUGCGGUUGGCACCACCGGGUAUCCCCCCAACGCGCAGCUGCUCUUUUCACCGCCUCAGCAGCAGCAACAACAAACUCAGCGUCGAUAG